UUUGUAACUUUAUGGCUUACUAUUUCCUAUGCAGCUUUUGGUAUGCCUCCGCAUGUUGAUACGCAGGUGCGUCUAUGAAAAUAUUACCAAGGACGAGAUUCAGAAGUUGUUCCCACAAGAGGUCUUACCUGAAUUGCAAAGGUUGCUCACAUUGCUGUUGCAGAAGUUUCAAAGAGAAUGGCGAGGAGAUGUUCUUAAGGAUCAGGUUUCUUUACCCCGUUUAAAGGCAAUGACAUGGAAUAUGGCAAAUCAAAAUCAAGAUUCCACUGAGCAUGCUGCUAUUAUUAAUCUGAAGCUUCAAGGUGAUACUCAAUCUCUAUCAGGAGAAACAGAAGUUAAAUUCCAGUUAGCAAAGGAAACUCUGGAAACAAUGUUGAAGUCCAUGUACUUUAUAAGAGACCAGUUGUCAAAUGUGGGUGAUGCCUCUAAUGGACAUGGACAAGCACAGGAAACUGUUAACACGUAAACAGUGGGAUACUGGGGCCAGAAAAACAGCAUGACUUGGUUAUAAUGAAAUAUCUGUACAAUAUAAGUUAGAUCUUAUUUUCAUAAUUCUAAAUUAUGUCUCUGCCUUGUUAUAAUGUAGUAUCUGUGUAAGUUAGAUCUUAUUUUCAUAAUUAUAAAUUAUGCCUCUGCCUUUCUGUUAGUAA